CGCCUGCGCAGAAGGCGGCGCGGGAGAACGUUACCCACCUUCCCACUCCGGAGGCUUGUGCUGCAGGGAAAACAAUGGUUGAGUUAUUAUUGGUCGGAGGUCUGCCACAGGUUCCCCUUAGGGGGCUAGUCGGGAAGUCAAACUUUGGCUGUUGGGUUGGGCCCCCCUACUCCCAACGACUCCUUCGCGACGCUCCCCCGCCUAAAGCCCGCCCACUGCGCGAGCUCAACCGCCACUUCCGCCCUCUCCUCCCCUGAAGCAAGAUGGCAGAGGAACCGGAGUCGGUGCUGCAGCUCCCUCCCUCCACUGCUGUUGGCGGCGAAGGACUCACGGAAAUCUCCCCCGAAACCGUCACUCCUGAGCCCCCUUCUGCUGCAGUCUCCCCGGGGUCAGAGGAACCUACCGGAGACACCAAGAAAAAAAUUGACAUCCUGCUAAAGGCUGUGGGAGAUACCCCUAUUAUGAAAACAAAGAAGUGGGCUGUAGAGCGAACCCGAACCAUCCAAGGACUCAUUGACUUCAUCAAAAAGUUCCUUAAACUUGUGGCCUCAGAACAGUUGUUUAUUUAUGUGAAUCAGUCCUUUGCCCCUUCCCCAGACCAGGAAGUUGGAACACUUUAUGAGUGUUUUGGCAGCGAUGGUAAACUGGUCCUACAUUACUGCAAAUCUCAAGCCUGGGGAUGAACCACAAAGAGAAACAACUUGCUACUUAAAAUUACUCUUCACAAAGGAAACAGCUCUGAAAAGCUUUGGUGCUUGUGGCAAGAGACUUAAGGAUAACGAUCUACUGUCAGCAUGUAUCUACUGUGACCAAUGUUUGUGCAAGAAAACGUCUAUGAAGUGGGUUGUGAAAAAUGCAACUUGUAUUAAUAUGCAAAUCAUUGUAAAAGAUUAGACAAUAUCCAUUGCUACUGCAAUCAGUAAUCCAGAUCUGCCUCCAAGGUAUUGAAAAGGAGAUUAAGACAGCUUCUUCAUUACGGUUCUCAAACUGAUGAAAAUUGUUUACUUGUAGUAUUAGCACUGUGUUGUUUUUUUUUUCAGUGUAAAAGCUUUAUUUACUAAAGGGUUUUUUUUUUUUUUUAACCUAUUCAGGGAAGUUCAGUUUGUUUGAGAUAUGGGAUAUGCCUUUUCACAUUUACAUCUACUAUGUUACCGUCUUGUAAAACAAAGUAGCAUUCACCAGCUAGCUUUAUUCCUUACAGAGACAGGAGGAGGGCAGCCCAGGUGGCAGAAAGGGUUAGGCAGCUAGGUUUAACUUCUUUGCCAGCAGUAAUGGGGAAAAAGCUAUUCCUGCUAAUUUCUAGUAAACAACUAGCCAGGAGAGCAGGAUCUUGGCAAAUUGGAAGACCCCCUUAGAGAAUAUGUAUAGUUUAAAAUGAAGUAUUUUAUUGGGAAACAGAAUUUUACAAACUCUGGACAAUGAAUCUUGAGCUCUUUUCAGCCCUAUCAUGUAAUGAUUCUUGAAUCUCAACGAUAUUACUAGUUUUACCUAAUUACUCGCGUAAUCCUGACAACAUCUUUUGAGUUUUUCAUAAUGCAUUUUCCAACUUGAAAGCCCUCAAAGAAUAACUGAAACAUAGCCUUAAAUUUUCUGUGUAUUUAAUGCCAUUACUGAAAGUCAAAGUACCAUUUUACUGAUACUAUUAGGUAAUUCAUUAAGUGAUAAAAGACUUAUUCCUUCAUUCUGUAUUAUGUAAUGUGGUGUUAAAAUCCCAUUCAGCUAAAUAACAGAUUUGCUAAUAAAAUAAACGAUAUCACCCAUGACUACAGGGCUCCUUUAAAAAAUCAUCUGUGUGUACUGGGGAAGCCAGCACAGCUUGUACAAGGCAAGCUCAUGGAAGCUCCAUAGACACAUCCAAACUUCCUGAGGGACAGAACUGCUGGGCUGAGGGCUGUGGCAACCAUCUAGCUCAAUUAGCAUAACAUAGUUUGUAGAGAAAUAUUCUGUAUUCUACUUUGGUGAGUAGCAUCUGGAAUCUUAAAAGCCUGUUAGUGGCCAUCUAAGAUACUCCACUGGUUCACCCCUUCAAGAGCAAGGGAGAAAGAUGAAAACUAAAGAUACAAAGGAAAGAUUAGUCCAGAGGACUAAUGGAACAUCUACCAUGGCCUCCACCAGACUCAGUCCAGUAGAACCAGAUGGUGCCUGGCUACCACCAGCGAUUGCUCUGACAGGGAUCGCAAUAGAGGGUCCCAGACAGAGCUGGAGAAAAAUGUAGAACAAAAUUCUAACUCACGAAAAAGACCAGACUUACUGACCUCACAAGGACUGGAGGAACCCCAAGAGUAUGGCCCCCCAGACGCCCUUUUAGCUCAGUAAUGAAGUCACUCCCGAGGUUCAACCUUCAGCCAAAGAUUAGGCCCAUAAAGAAAAAAAAAAAGAA